AUGGCGUUGGCGCCUAAAUCCCUCUCUUCCCUCUCUUCAUUCUCUCUCCUCAAUCCCACUCUUACUAAAUACCACACUGUAAAACCCACUUUUAUCAUCUGCAAAUCCACUCAAUGUUACACACCUGAACCGAAUGGAGCCGGGCCCUCCGCCCCGACCCGAGGCGACAUUUUCCUCGAACGCCAUAGCUCUCUAGAUGCUUCAGCUGCAGUUCUCACAGAAAACAAGGAAUCAACGAAGAAGAAGAAAGAGAAAGUAUUUAAAGUUUCUUCUUAUGUAAUUAACAGUUGUUACGGUUGUGGGGCUCCGUUACAGACCUCCGAAACGGAUGCUCCGGGUUAUGUGGACCUGGAAACGUACAAUUUGAAGAAGAAACAUAGGCAACUGAGAACCGUGCUAUGUGGGAGGUGCCGGCUUUUAUCACACGGACAUAUGAUUACUGCGGUUGGUGGGAAUGGAGGUUAUUCUGGUGGGAAGCAGUUUGUUACGGCAGAGGAGCUGCGUGAGAAGCUGUCGCAUUUGCGCCACGAGAAAGCUCUAAUCGUUAAAUUGGUAGAUAUAGUGGACUUCAAUGGCAGUUUCUUGGCACGUGACCUUGCUGGUGCAAAUCCCAUCAUACUAGUUGUGACGAAGGUUGAUCUUCUUCCCAAAGGAACUGAUUUAAAUUGUGUUGGUGACUGGGUCGUGGAGGCAACUGUGAAAAAGAGGCUUAAUGUUAUGAGCGUUCAUUUGACAAGUUCAAAGUCUUUAGUGGGAAUUGCUGGAGUGGUGUCGGAAAUUCAGAGAGAGAAAAAGGGAAGGGAUGUCUACAUUCUGGGCUCAGCCAACGUUGGAAAAUCUGCAUUCAUUAAUGCUGUAUUGAAAAUGAUGUCAUACAAAGACCCAGUUGCUGCGGCAGCAAGAAAAUACAAACCUAUACAAUCUGCUGUUCCUGGAACUACUUUGGGUCCGAUUCAGAUUGAUGCUUUCCUAGGUGGAGGGAAAUUAUAUGAUACACCUGGAGUCCAUCUCCACCAUAGGCAAGCUGCAGUAAUCCAUUCAGAAGAUCUACCUGCUCUUGCUCCACAGAGUCAAAUUCGAGGCCGAUCUUUUCCGAAUCCUCAGCUACUCUUGGACAAGGUGACUGCUGAUCGACUCGGAUCAAAUGGCUUGAAUGGUUUAUCUAUAUUCUGGGGUGGUCUUGUGAGAGUUGAUCUUAUGAAGGUUCUUCCAAAGACACGUCUAACAUUCUAUGGACCUAGGUCGCUGCAAAUUCAUAUCGUGCCCACUGAAGAAGCAGAUGAAUUUUACCAGAAAGAAGUUGGAGUUCUAUUGACACCGCCUACUGGAAAACAGAAGCUAGACAACUGGAUGGGACUUGAAACUAAGCGGGAGUUGGAAAUAAAGUACAAAGAUUUUGAGAAGCCGGCUUGUGAUGUGGCUAUAUCCGGUCUUGGGUGGAUUUCGGUUGAACCAGUAAACCAGUUUCUUAGAACUGCUGAUUCAAGUGAAGGAGAAACGGUUGAAGAGCUAUCUUUAUUAGUCCAUGUUCCCAAGCCAGUAGAGAUUUUUGUUCGGCCUCCUUUACCAGUCGGGAAUGCUGGAGGGGAGUGGUAUCAGUAUAGGGAAUUGACGGAGAAAGAAAUGGACUUAAGACCAAAAUGGUAUUUCUAG